UUCUAUCCUCAGGCUGGCCGCAGCUUGCGAUCUUCUUCUUCGUAUAGAAACACAGAUCAAAAAAGCCAAAGCUCCAGAGGGAUAUUUACCAAAUAUAAAGGUCUGAGGGAUAUAUUUACCUUAUAUAUUCACGUCUACGUACAUAUUCUAUCAGAGAGAAAGAGAGAAAGAGAGAGGGAUUCUGAAGAAUAGAAAGAGAAAUGGAGGAAGGGAGGAGAGUAGGUGUGGCGGUAGAUUUCUCGCCUUGCAGCAAGAAAGCUCUAAGCUGGGCCGUUGACAAUCUUAUCCGCGAAAAAGAUCACCUUAUCCUCAUCACGGUGCGUCCUGAGGGCAAUUACGAGGAAGGAGAGAUGCAGCUCUGGGAAGCCACCGGCUCUCCUUUAAUUCCUCUAAGUGAGUUCUCUGAUCCUGUUGUAAUGAAGAAAUAUGGAGUUCAGCCUGACCCUGAAGCGCUGGAUAUUGUCACCACUGCUUCCAGGCAGAAAGAGGUUGUGGUGUUAAUGAAGAUCUACUGGGGAGAUGCUCGCGAUAAGAUAACUGAAGCCAUUGAGAAUAUCCCUCUUAGCUGCCUUGUAAUAGGCAACAGAGGACUCGGUGGAAUUAAGAGGGCUAUUAUGGGAAGUGUAAGCAAUUACGUGGUGAAUCACGCGAGAUGCCCUGUUACUGUCGUGAAGAGUCCGGAGCAUCAUUAGCUAGCUCUUUAACUCUGCAUGGUCUCGGGGAAUGAAAGUAGCGCAAUAAUCCCUCUGGUUGAACUGGAUUUCUUUUCAUCAACCAGACUCUUUUCACGCAUAUGUGAUUGAAAUAUGUUAUUUCUAUUGUGUUAUUUAAGUUGGAUGGAUAUUAUUAUGUGUUGAUGGGGUUUGUGUAUGGAAUCAUUUUAUAGUGUGGGCUAAGUUUUAGUGUCCUUGAACUGGUUAAUGAUUGUCUUGUAAUUGGAAGCUAGUGAUGAAAGUUAUUCCUGAAGCUAAUGUUUUUUUUGU